UAACUCAUUACUGCAACAAGCCCCAGUUAAACAUUUCAAGGGACCAGUCAACCCCACUGCAUUUGAGAUUGUAAGCCCAAUACUCAAACACACAGUAGACCUUUUUCACCACAAUCGCGAGAAAGCAGUCUUGACCACAGGUCCUUCCCACCGCACUUCUCACCCACUUCAGCUUGUCGUAUGCUCCGGAGCCUUGUGAAAAUGGCCGAAAGCGCAUCCAAACGCCUCAAGACCGGCUCCGUCUCCAUUGGAACACACAAUGGCCACUUCCACGCCGACGAAGCCCUGGCUGUCUACAUGCUGCGUCUGCUGCCUACAUAUGCCGACUCUUCGCUAGUGCGCACCCGCGACCCUGCCCUCUUGCAGGAAUGCCACACGGUCGUCGACGUAGGCGGCGAAUAUGACUCCUCCGUCAACCGCUACGAUCACCACCAGCGCACCUUCACCACCACAUUCCCCGGCCGCCAGACCAAGCUGUCGAGCGCUGGCCUGGUCUACCUGCACUUUGGCAAGAGCAUCAUCGCACAGAAGCUCCAGAAGCCCGAGGAUAGCGACGACGUCAGCCUGUUGUGGAACAAGAUCUACGCCUCCUUCAUCGAGGCCCUCGAUGCCCACGACAACGGCGUCGACGUCUACGACCCCGCCGCCGUCAAGGCCGCCGGCCUCGAGAAGAAGUUCAGCGAGGGCUCCUUCACCCUCGGCGCCAUGGUGGGCCGCCUGAACCCCAACUGGAACGACCCCGCCCCCAGCGACCCCAGGGAGGCCCAGGCCGCCGAGGACGAGCGCUUCGUCACGGCCAGCAGGCGCAUCGGCGAGGAGUUCUCCGCCGACCUCGACUACUACGCCAAGGCCUGGCUCCCCGCCCGCGACAUCGUCAAGGCCGCCUGGGACGAGAGGCUGCAGUACGAUCCCGAGGGCAGGAUCAUGGUGCUCAAGGGCCAGAGCGUGCCCUGGAAGGACCACCUGUACACCCUCGAGGAGGCCGAGGGGACCGGCAAGAAGGUCUUGUACGUCCUCUACGCCGAGAAGCCGGUCCCCGACGCCAAGUGGAGGAUACAGUGCGUCCCCGUCACCAAGGACUCCUUCCAGAGCCGCAAGCCGCUGCCGGAGCCGUGGAGAGGUGCCAGGGACGAGGCGCUGGACCAGAUCACGGGCAUCCCCGGCGGCGUGUUCGUACAUGCCGCGGGAUUCAUUGGGGGCAACAAGACUUUCGAUGGUGCCAAGGACAUGGCAGUCAAGGCAUUGGGCUUGUAGAAUGGCAGGAAUGCGGAGGGAUCAUCUCAUGAACGUCAGAGACUGCGGGGCCAGUCGGUGACAAGGUAUCGGGCAAGGCUACGAGGUUUAGAGAAAAUAAAAUGAAGCAUAUCGAUAUAUAUACAAAGCCAACUUUGGUCUUGGCGUUUGU